AUGGCACAGCGUAUGCCGGAGGAAGAAGAGGAUGCUACUCCCUUUGUCGUCCGAUGCGUAGUCUCUCGGAACGAUUUUAGACCUCUAGCAGAGUUUCAUCGCCAUCGUGCGCCUGUGCAUGGUGAAAAGCAAAUCUAUGCAUGGCGCUCUUCUACGCUACGUGAUAUGGCCAAUCUCCUGUACCUCGCCGAUCCUGUCAUCUCACGAGCUAUGACGACACAUGACUUUCGUGUGGUAUUCCAAGAUCCGGCCACGAAGCAAUUCGAAGCAGGACCUGUCUACUAUGGCAUCACACGUGUGCCUACAACGAGUGUGGAUACUUUGCUGGCACCAGAGGGACCAGACACAUUCACAGAUACCCGGGCUGUCCUCCGCGCAUUGGAGCCCAAAGAGUCGCAUCGUGGACGUCUACCGCCUUCAGAAACGGCCGCCCAACGGACAUUGGAACAGAUGCGCAUUGCUGACGGCGUAUGGCUGGAAUGCGUUUUAGACGCGGCGCCACGAUCUGCGCAUCAUCGAGGACGAGAACGGUCUCCACCACGACGCCGUGGCCGUCGCUACGACUAA